CAAUGAUUUUUCGAGGUAUCCCGCAGGUACUUCUACAUCAUUAUCAUUUAGUCUCGCUUUUAAUCUUUUUCUCGGACCAAGUCAGUUUUCUCGGGCAUGAUUGAGUGAUGGAUGCAUCGCACCGCUUGUCUGAGGCAACCUUCGGGCACGCACGAUCACUUUGGAAGAGGCGAUCGCUUGACGCGACUGAGCUACGUGAAGAUUUCGAACGAAGAGCUUUCAUUCAACAUUUCCUACGGAAUGGGGUCUCCGAUUCACGCUUGAAUUCGAAGCGGUUACAUAUUCAGUUGAACGAGGAGACCGUUCUGCAAGAUGUUAGCUUCGAUGCACGGUGAGAAGCACACGCGGAUGCUUGCCAGAGGAUUAAAAAGUUGUCACCGGUUCUCCCCUUAUUCUUGGGAUAGGCUUCGUGCGACUACGUGUUGCUCCCUUAUUUUUGGAAUGGAUUUUAGGACGAAAAAAUGGAAUGUGCGGCAUAUAAAUCAGAAAAUUUGAAGUAGAAAUUCUCGCCUGAGAAUCGCGUGAAUGCAGUGAAUGUUUUCAAUGCGCCUCUGAAGUUGAAUUCGGGUUUCCACAGAGUAGUCGUCUACAUUCUUUGGCUCGCCAACUGUUAUCGAAGCUUACAGUCGUUCUCCUUCGUGGUCCUUCCGGGUCCGGAAAAUCUACCUUCGCGGCUGCGUUAGCGAAGAUUUGUGGUGACCGUUGCGUCGUGUUGAGCACCGACGAUUUCUUCACUCGUUCUGAUGGAAGUUACCAGUUUACUCCUGCUUUACUCCAAACGGCACAUUUUUGGAAUCGUCAAAGAGCGAAAUUUUAUGCUAGACAAAGUCGCGCUCUGAUAGUGAUCGACAACACGAAUUUGGCGUUGUUCGAAAUGGUGCCUUAUUUGGAGAUUGCGGACGAGUUCGGAUACAGACUGUGGGUUAAGGAACCUCCUACAAGUUGGCGGCGUGAUCCUGACAUCUGCUCUCAAAAGAGUCGUCAUGGGGUCUCAAGAGUGAAAACUGCGCAGAUGGUCCGAAAGUUCAGGCCGUGUGACGAACGACAGUUGAGGAAUAUGUACGAAACCCGUCGCCAUAGGCCUGAAAAGAAUUGUCUUCGCCAAGACGAUUUACCGCGUGCGCCGCGUUCUGCUGCGGGAACCGAUGAAAUUGGUCUUCCUUGGCAUCGGCAACUUGUGGAACAUCAUCUACCUCGUGGUGGGUUCAGGUUGCAAGUGUCGUCGUCAUUCUUAGCGGCGCCCGUGGAAGAAAUCCGGGAAAGCGAGCGGUCCUACCGAGACAGUGUAGCUAAGGCUACUGUCAGAGAAAACGGACUCGUUGGAAUCCUGGAAGAACGGCGUCUCGUCGGUGCAAUGUUCUCGAGUACCACUGAGUCUACUUCGGAAGAUUCGCGGAGGUUGGUUGUGUCAGAAAGUGAAUGCGUUUCGAAUUUUUCUGCCUCUGGUGUCGAACUUGAACGACGUGUCGACGAAGUCGUGUGCUUGUUGUCGAGUUUGGGCGGCGCUGACGACACGAAAAGGAAUUUUGGUUCUUCGUCAGCCUCUGAUUGGACAGCUGCUGGCGACGAUUGGGAGUGAAAAGAUUAUGUGGAGAUGGAAGGAGGUGGAAACGGGUUGCGGAAGUCGCGAUUCUUAUUUUGAAGUGACGA